CGGUCUUACCAUUCUCCGACAGCACGUGUGUGCGGUUGUUUUGUAUUUAACUUUAAUUUUAAAAGUAUUCUCUCAUAAACAAGAGAAUAUAAUAUAUAAUAUAAAAACAGAAUGGCCAUACAACCUAACCGCAGAAAAAGGAAACACGAGGAGGCGGGUCCAGAGCAGCAGGAUGAAGGUGAGGUGGAAGUGCCCAAAAAACUGUCGAAAGAGUCCGACACGCCGAAAAAAAAGAAAAAAACGAAUGGAUCAUUAGAUAAAAACACGCAGGAACCAAACGAAACAGAGUCUGUCGAAUCCACUUCCUCAAAGAAAAAAGAAAAAAAGUCCAAAACCCCCGAAGAAAAUGAAGAGCAACAGGUGGAAAUGGAGUUGGAAAAAUCUCCCUCCAAGAAGCGUAGGAACCGAAAGAACACAGAACAUGAUGAGGAUAACAUAAGUCCAGACUCAGGCAUCGAACCAGAGGAACCAAACGUAAAUUAUCCAAACGAUUUCAAGAUGAUGAAUUUCCGCACAAAGCUUCGUAGUAAUUGCUUUAUAACAGAGUUGCGGCAUUUUUUACAUAUGUGCUCCACCACCCGUCCCAAACUGGUUGCCAAGUACAUAGAAAAGCGUGGAAAACCCUUGGAACUGGCCGAAGCCUUUGAAAGGAUUGACAAGGGAAAUAUUUUUCACGUGGACUACCUCACAGAUGCACUGCAGCGAGUUGUAAUGGAAAUACUCACCAACCAAAAGAACCACAUUGAAUCGGCGGCGCAUGGCUGUCGCUAUUUCCUAAAGGUUCACGGCGGAGUACUUGAGAAUCUGUUGCAAUCCCCUCAUCCAAGUCAUAGGCGCAAUGCCCUUAAACUACUCACGGCUAUCGUGUGCGUUGAACCUCAAUUGGGACGUCAGGUCCUAAACUCCUACGACAUGCUAUCCAACAUACUUGAGAUGCUGAAAAUGUUGUCGCAUUGUAAGAACGAUUGUAAAAACGAGGACACAGUGCGCAAAGCGUACAUACACUUUAUACUGGCUUUUCUGGUCGAUGGCAAUACGUUGUUAAUCAGAAACAUCUUGGACCGAGGCCAACUAAUUGCAGUACUGAUCAAGGGAUUAGUCUAUGAUGACCAUGUAACGGUUUGUGUUGUUCUGAACGCCCUCAGACAGUAUGUGUUAGAGAACCCCGAUAUUCAAAAGACCAAAAAAGUGUUGGUGUUCGAUUUGAAUUGCUGUAAGAAUCUGAUAAGCCUCUACGACUGGAGUGGACCGCUCGGACUCCAGAAGAUAUUUAGAGGUGUGCAGAACCCACCCCCAAACCCAAAGGAGGCGGAAGCCGUCUCGGCUGCCGUUCAUGAAUUGCUGUUGGUCCUAAUGACCUCUCGCAAGCACGGUAUCUGCUUUGAUGCAAUGACCCACUACCGGCAGAAGCAAAACAAGUUGCAGGGCAAGAUACUUGGUGCACUUUACAACCCAUUCGACGAUACCCGCAAGAUGGAUUUGAUUAUUAAAACGCUGACUGCUUGUCCGGAUUUGGGGCGCAAUACUGUGAAAAAUUUUUCGACCCUUCUCAGUCCAGCUAGGGUUAAAAUUGACAAUGUGCCCAAGGGUGCGAUCUGCCUGGCAAAAGUCAUUGAUGCAGUGCCUCCGAGCGCUCUGUCAACAGCUUUUAAUAAGAUGACUUUAACAGAUUUUCAAUUUUGGAUAAAAGAGCUAUGUUUGCCAAUCGAAGCUUUAUUACAUAUAACUGGUAAGAAGUAUCUAAGCCAUACUGACUUUAAUUUCAGAUUGGCCAUUCAGCAACUGCUUCUUUCCAUGAUGAAACAGUACAGCAAUUACAUGCAUGCCAUUGCUGUUCGAGAACAGUCGAAGAAAGCCGGCAACUCCCUGCGAAAAUUCAAAUUCGACUUACUUAAUCACUUGCUUGUCCACUUUCCCACCAUCGAGUCCAUACUGUACUCGCUUUACCUGUUCAUAAAACAGGAAAAAGAGGAAGGAGUGAAUGUUCUAGAGUCAUUAUCGAUCACUUUGGAUCUGGUGCUGCUUAUGUGCAAGGAAAAUCGAGCUUUUGUGGUACAGACUAGUCAAAUUUUGGAUUAUUUGGAUGUGUUGCGACCGCUCUACGAGACGGAUUUUGGUAACAUAAGCAAUCCAAAUGAACUCUUAAAGAUUCAAGUGGAGUUGAAAUCAAUUAAGACCAUCCUUCUGCUCUUUCCACGUUCCCUUAACCCACAAGAACCACUCUUUGGCAAGGUAUUUCGAUCUUUCAUAAAAGCCUACAUGCUUGAAAAUGAAUCCAUCAAGUCAGAAGCUGGUAAUAUAUUAAACAGCCUGUUCCGCAAUACGGGAUUAUUUGACUCCUGUAGCCAUGAGAUUAACAUCUGGAUAGAAGCUCUUAUCGGAUUCGAUGCGGAAACGGUUACCAAUGUGGUAGAUAUCCUUCUGACAGUACUUUGCUUGGAUUGGAGGCAGAUAACGCUUCCUGAACUGAACUUAGCGGAUAAUGCCAGUAACAUUAAGAACCUAAGCAAAUUGUUUGCUCAAAUAGAACAAGGUCAAACCGUGCAGGCUUAUGUAGAAACUCUGACACUAAGUAAGACGAUGCCCUUGCUGGUAACGGGUGUGGAGUUGGAGGAACCCUAUGACCAAUAUGUAGAGCUCGUAUUCAUCUUACUUUUCCACUAUCACAGCAAGCCGGAGCAAGUGUUGCAGCUUUACGAACAACAUUUAAAGAGGCACAGUGAUUAUAUGAAGAGUUGGCUGCCUGGUAAGGGCGAGGGAAACCCGAAGUCACUUCCAGUCACUGUAGCCCUUAAAUGGCCCCUCCUAAAAAAAGUGCGCACGGUUAUCACAGAAGAGAAUUCCUUGCCUUUUGAAGAGACAUUUAAUGUGGAAAAGGCGGGUAAGAACUUCGAGCUGCAGCUUGGCGAAGGCCAGACAAUGUUAUUACACCCCAGCCUCAAAAAUCCAUGUCGUAAUAUGAUCUAUGUCCACGAUCUACUUUCUGUCUUCAGCUAUCUUUUCACAAACCAGAAAUUGAGUAAACUUCAAGCAGAACUUACUGCGGAUUAUCUUAUCAAGUUUUUGCAAAUCGCCAACCAGGUUGACGAUGGCAAGGAAGUGCUUCUGAAGGACGAUGAUCAGCAGCAAGAAGAAACGCACACUCAGAAUCUGCUGCACUAUAUCUUCAACAUCCGCGUAUGGCAACUGCAACCCACAGAAAUGCUUAGUGAGACAAGCGAAUCUCGCUUAAAUUAUGUCGUUUUCCUAAGAAGACUAACGGAAUAUUGCCGGGCGUUGCCUCGAUUCGAGAGCUACACUGCCAACUACCGUCUACACUUCAUUAAGACCUUGGAUAUUGCACUGGAUACAUCGGUGAAUGAACUGCAACAUCAACAGCAACUCUUCGAGUAUGUGGCGCUAGUCGAUUCAUUCGAAUUUGCUCCAAGUGAAUGCUCUCAAAUCCUGGACCUGAUUACAACAAAGCUGCAAGCAAAGGACUUCAUCUUGAAUAGCAAACCUAAUCAUUACUUUGACCUACUCCUUCGUUUGCUGGGACGAUUGACCCACCUAAAGGAGGCCAUCGAUUUUAGGAAGUCGUUCAAAAUCCUACUGUCUUUUUACAAGGAUUUCUGCGAGUUAAGUGAACAACAGGUGGAACCUUUGGAAGCUGCCAUUCUUGAGUUCCUAACUAAUUAUCAUCAACACCUAGAAGAGUGCGACAGUGAGUUUUUUGCCUGUUUCUUUUCAUCCUCUCGAAAGGUGAGCAAAUCCGCCAUCCGUUUAGCCACUUUUGUGCUAGAACGUCAACCUAGAUUAGCUGAGAAAUUCGCUGAACUACUGCCCAUUAAUUUGGAACAGAAGGAACUGGUGUAUCCUCUCCUAAAUAUUGCCUUGACCAAGAAAUUUGAACUACCUCAACCAGUGCUCCAACGUUGCUAUCAGACCUACAAGAACGGCUUCAUGAAGAGCAUAGAGAAGCCACAGAAGGCAGCUUUGAUAUACCGAGAACAUGCGGAGGCUAGUGCUUUGCUUAUUGCUCUUUGCAUGCCCAAAUCUGAGUGCGUGGAUUAUUGCCAGAAACAGCUGAAACUCGACUCUGUGGAGCUUUUCCAGGUGCGAGUACUACGGGAGAUUUACUGGCAAGCAUUUGCUGCCGCCAAGGAUGAGAAGCAAAAGGCUACAGUCUUUGUAAAUUACAUAAACCUCAAUGUUCAACUAUUGGCACUGGAUUUGAAGAAGCAAUCUUUGGAUCUGCCCAAGUUAGAGCAAAUCUCCUGGAACUGUUACGAGUGGUGGCAGGUGAAUUAUAACAAGGAUCUGCCUCUUGACUGGAGUCGCUUGCUUGGUAACCAGCAGUGGCUGAACUUUUGCAAGAGCUGCUUAAAGCUGGCCCUUCAUCUCAGUGAGGAACGACAGCCGCUUCAGGAUGAAACCAAUGGGCUUGUGCUCAAGCUUUUGGCAUUUCUCUGUGAUGGAAUGUAUGAUGAUUAUAAUGAGGAAGCCCAACAAGAGGAGGAUCCCACUCCAGCACUUCUAUAUGAAAUGAUUUGUUCGCACUCCUGCUGCAUUGACCAUCUCUUAGGUACAAAGACUGAAACCAAAACACACAUUUUACAGCUCAUGGAGGUGUUGGCCAGGAAAGCACCCAGUGCAUUGCAAUCCGCCCAUAUACCCGUGAUCCUUGGCUCCUAUCAUGCGAAACUUUCUCCUGCAGAUCGGUAUGGACUUGCUUUGCUGGAACACUACGAACGCUUCGGUGUGGAAUUGGAUAAGUUUAGACCUUUUAUUUGGGGCGAAAGUGCUGUGGCCCAUUACGCCUUGAGAGCUGCAGACGAGGAUGAGAAAUCACGGCUGCAGCAACAGGAGACAAACGUAGCCCAGGUGUUGGCAUUGAUUGUACGAGAAACCAGCGAGUACACCAUUGAGAAUUUCCCCAUUUGGAGGAGCUUGCAUGCUAGUCAGCAACUGCCCUCUUUAGAGUUUCAAAAUCCAGCAAAGAAAUCACAAAAUUUCGGCGACAAUCAAUUGGAGAAAAUGGUUGAGCAAGGACAGGAAGAAUUCCCACAAGAUCUGCGGCGCAUCUGCCCGAAACGCGAUCAAAUAUACGAGACGUGCUAUGAUCCCGCCUUCCUGCUACCUAUGAUGAUGCACUGCUUCGCACCGGAAUCCGUGGUCUGGGCUCGCUUGCCAGUGCAGAAUGGAUUGCUGGCAGUUUCCUUUUGUGGACUCUCCUCGCUGGACAAGGAUAUGAGACUUGCAGCUGCCAGUUGCCAGCAACGCUAUCGAACUCACUUUGAACUUUCUAAAUUCUAUGAGCGCCCGCUGUGGACGCAGGCUUACGAUAACAUUCAGGGAGGCUUAAGCGAUCUGAGAAACUCCUGGCUGGCGCAGAGGAGAACGCACGGAGGAACGCCUAGGGUACCCCUGAUCCCUGCAUUGUUCAUAGCCCAGAGCUUUAACCUGAGCACAGAACCAACGCAUCUCCUCUAUAAGCGAUUGAUGUUUUACUUGCAAUUGAAGCAAAGCUUCAAUUUCCAGACUAUUCCCGAUUUCAACAUAUUUUUCUACUCCCAAGAAACAGAGCACCAGCAGUACCGUGAAUUCAUCGUCGAGCUGCUUAGAAGUGGCAUCAAGUGCAGCGCUGAUCUCUUCCUGCUGGUAUCCACCAAUACGUUUAAGGUGCUACUUGGAUUCUACAGCUGCAGUUUGGCCACUCUGGGAACAAAUCUGCUGCUGCUAUCGGUGCUCUCCACUUGCGUGAAAAUUCCUGGAGCAGUCCGUAUCAUGCUGGAGCAUGUUGGCAUUCUGUCGUGGUUGGUGGGCGUCAUCCGUGACACAGAGUUCCAUCAGUUUGACAUCAUCGAGGGGAUCAUUAGCAUUCUCAACAAUCUAUGGUAUUCCGUGGCAGCCUCCCGUUCGGAACUGCUGGACUAUGAUCAUAUCCAGUUGCGAGUUUACCGCCUGGUCCUGCAGUUAUUGCCGCUCCUCUCUCCGCGGAUUUCGGUUCCCGGACUGGGUCGCCUUAUGAACAUUUUGUGGAAGACUGGAUCCGCCUGUGGCCAGCACAGUGCCUUGUCUUCUGCCAACAUGGAUGUCCUGCUCGAGUGCAUCUCGCGUUAUUGGCCGGAUCAGCUGGCGGGAGUGCGGUAUGUAAGAAAGUUUGGCGGAUCUGGAGCAUGUUCGCGAUCCGAAUACUGCGAUUGGCUGGCCAAGGAUCAACAGCUUGAGACUUCUGCCGUUCUAGCAUUGUCCAGUCUACGUGAAUAUGUCAUAGAUUGGGCUGAGAGCCACAAAAUUGAAAGUAAAGAGGAGACUAAGCCGCUGGCGGAAUCAACAGAAUAGACAUUUUUAAUUGUUUUUCCUUAGGCUAAGCUAUUAAAUUGUGUUUAUUUAUAGGCAUAACGAGUCUUUGAUAUAAUAAAAUGUAUGCAAUGAAAUCAAAAA